CGCCAAGUGCCAGUCAGCCCUGUGUGCAGUAUUUCUAUGAAGUGCAGAGGUUUGCGCAGUAUAACUCCGGGUUAGUUUUAAUCGGCCAACUAAAAGUCGCCACUGGUGGGAAAGAUGACAGCGUGACGUUUCAGCAGCAGCCGCCUUGAAUGUCCAAGAGUCCCCAUGGAUGACCUGACCAAAGCCCUCUCGACCAGCUUUGCUGUGUCCAAGGAACCCAACAAUACGGCCGCCCCCCACCCUCGGCUGGCCCAGUACAAGAGCAAGUACAGCGUGCUGGAGCAGAGCGAGCGACGCCGGCGCUUCCUUGACCUGCAGAAAAGUAAAAGGUUAAACUACGUCAACCAUGCGCGGCGUCUGGCUGAUGGGGACUGGACAGGGGCAGACAGCGAUGGAGAGGAGGACAUGGAGAAACCAGAGGAGGGGGAACGGGACCAAGAUGGCAACACAGAGGAAGAGGGGAUGGAGAUUGAGAGGAGGAAGCUGCCAAAACAUUAUGCAAACCAGCUCAUGCUGUCAGAGUGGCUGGUGGACGUGCCAUCAGAAUUGGACACUGAUUGGCUGAUGGUGGUCUGUCCAAUGGGGAAAAGGUCUCUCAUUGUUGCCUCCAAGGGUUCCACUGCAGCGUACACUAAAAGCGGCUACUGUGUGAACCGUUUCCCCUCCCUGCUGCCCGGUGGGAACCGUCACAAUUCAGCCAUGGGAAAAGACUACACGAUUCUGGACUGCGUUUACAGUGAGGUGGACAGAACAUACUACAUCCUGGAUGUCAUGUGCUGGAGAGGCCACCCGGUGUACGAUUGCCCAACCGAGUUCCGUUUCUACUGGCUCCAGUCCAAAGUCCAAGAGACGGACGGCCUAUCAGAAAUCGCCAAACGUAACCCUUUCCGGUUUGUGAGCCUCCAAAGCACUGACUGCACAGCAGAGUUGAUUCAGAAAGCGCUGGCAGCUGAGUACAGCUUCAGCGUGGAUGGUCUCCUCUUCUACCACCGGCAGACCCACUACACCCCUGGCAGCACCCCUCUGGUGGGCUGGCUUCGCCCCUACAUGGUCACCGACAUCCUGGGCAUAGAGGUUCCUGUAGGACCCCUCACAACCAAGCCUGAGUAUGCCAGCCACCAGCUGCAGCAAAUCCUGGAACACAAAAAAACAUCAAGUGAAGUCCGCCCAGCCAACAGAAGCGGAGGCUAUGAGUUAGAGUACCUGUCCACCCCGAGCCAGGACAGCGGGGACACUCUGAACUUUUUGAAUCAAAAGCCAAUAAGGGAAGCACACAUGGAGCUCUGACUGGGAGGCUUAACAAGAUGCAAAUUUCUAACUCUGUGUUUCUGAGUGGUGGCGGCCCACAUAUGGCUUUUUAGAAUGUCCGCUGUAUGGUUUUGCAGAUCUGACCAAUUGCAAAGCAUGGCUAAUUCUAAUCCGGCACUGCUCAGGACGCCCUCGGAGUGCAGAUCAGUAGAGCUGUCUUAUAUGUGUGUUUUGUAUGGCUAAAAAUUCAAGUCAUCCAUUUACAUAUUUAGUUCUACCUGCUGCAGAACUCCGAAGCAGAUUAGUUUCCUUGAGAAUAAUUGGUACAGUAUUUAGCCUCUAUAAUUACUUAGUCACGGUCUGUUAUGCAGAACCCUUACAUAACACCAUACCUAGUCACAAAUGAUUUGUUUCUUAUGUGAGAUAUACUGCAAAGUGCAGCACGGUACAUUUUGUGGUCAAGUGUUAUUUUGCUGCUCUGCACUUUCUGCAUGUAAAACGGAUCUCACAUAAGAAACAUCUUUACUGUUGUCAGGUGUUUGCAUGUUUUCUACAACUAUCACUGAUACCCACUCACCAAAAAAAUCCAUUGGUGAUUUUUGAGCGGAUCGUUAGUUUGAGCAACAGCAGUGGAGAGUUUGCAGGAUGCACUCAGUGUUUUGGAAGGUGGGGUGUUCCUGGCUGGUCAGAACCUGUGAGUUGCGAUCAUGCUGAACAGCAGCACUGACAUGGACUUUUACAAUUGAAUGUUAAAUUUAAAAUUGCUUAGAAGAUGUUUUAAAGUGUUUUCUAAAUAAAUGUUUUUUAUUGGCCUGCAA